AUGAUCCAGGUCCUGGAGCUCCUUUUGGCAUUCAACUUUGUUGCGUUGUUGGAAGCACGAUUGGAACAGGCCAGCCUUCUGAAGCGCGUCGUCGACGCCAUCAAGGAUCUCGUCCAAGAUUGCAACUUUGACUGCAAUGACUCCGGAAUCGCUCUCCAGGCCAUGGACAACUCACACGUUGCCCUGGUCUCCAUGCUUCUGCGCGCUGAGGGUUUCUCUCCCUACCGUUGCGACCGUAACAUCGCUCUCGGCAUCAACCUGCUCUCCCUGACCAAGGUGCUCCGCGCCGCCCAGAAUGAAGACAUCCUGACCCUCAAGGCUGAGGACUCACCCGAUGCCGUCAACCUGAUGUUCGAGAGUGCCGAGACAGACCGACUGAGUGAGUAUGAUAUCAAGCUCAUGGAUAUUGACCAGGAGCACCUGGCCAUCCCCGAGACUGAGUACGCUGCCACCGUGGAGAUGCCUUCGGCCGAGUUCCAGCGCAUCUGCAGAGAUCUCAACCAGUUGUCCGAAUCUGGCAACAAGGAGGGUGUCAAGUUCUCCUGCCAGGGUGAUAUCGGUAACGGCUCCGUCACUAUCCGCCAGCACACCAACGUCGACAAGCCCGACCAGAACGUCUCUAUCAGCCUCUCCGAACCCGUCGCCCUGACCUUCUCCCUCAAGUACCUCGUCAACUUCUGCAAGGCCUCCAACCUGUCCUCAUCUGUCGUGUUGCACCUGUCCCAAGAGGUGCCGCUGCUUGUUGAGUACGGUCUGGGAAGCGGCCACCUGCGGUUCUACCUGGCUCCUAAGAUCGGCGAUGAAGAGUAA